AUGGCUGGCCUUCAGGACAACACUCUGAGGAUUGUUCUGUUGGGGAAAACUGGAAGUGGGAAAAGAGCAACAGCAGAUAGCAUCUUUGGGAGAAGAGUAUUUGAAUCUAAAAUUGCUCCUCAUGCUGUUACCAAGACCUGUCAUAGAGCAGAGCAACAAUGGAAGGGGAGGAGCCUUCUUGUUGUGGACACCCCAGGGCUCUUUGACACCAAGGAGACACUGAAGACCACCUGUGAGGAAAUCAGCAGGUGUGUUCUAGCCUCCUGCCCUGGGCCUCAUGCCAUCAUCAUGGUACUACAGCUGGACCGCUACAUGGAAGAGGAUCAGAAAACCACUGCAUUGAUCAAGACCCUCUUUGGGGAGCCAGCCAUGAAGCACAUGAUCAUCUUGUUCACCUGCAAAAAUGAUUUGGGUGAUCAGACACUGGCUGAGUUUAUAGCAGCAUCAGAGGUAAACCUGCAAAGCAUCAUCAAGGAGUGAAACCGCUGCUGUGCCUUCAAUAACAAGCAAAGUGAUGAGGCUGAGAAGGAAACUCAAAAGCAGGAGCUGGUGGAGCUGAUAGAGAAAAUGGUACAGAAGAAUGGAGGGGCUCACUUUUCUGAUGCCAUCUACAAGGACAUAGGGGGAAAGCUGCAACGUCAGGAAGAGGCCUUGAACAUAAUCUAUGCUGAUCAAUUACAGAAGGAAACUAAACUACUUGAAGAGCAAUGUGCUAAAGGAAUAAUAGCGCAGGAAAAAAAAGAGAAAAAUAUACAAGUCCUAAAGAUGAAGCAUGAAGAAUGAAUUAAAGAUAUAAGGGAACAAGCUGAAAGGAAUAUAUUUGCAGAUGUUGUAAAAAGGAUUUGGAAUAAGCUUUCAAAUAUAUGGCAUAGGUUUUUCAAAUAG